AUGUUUCCCAAAAAAGUAACAGCAGUGGCUGUAAAAGUCACUGCCAGACGUACCCUUGCACUCAUUGUUCCCUGGUUCCCGCUCUUGGCACUCUGUCUCCCCCACUCCUCGGCCACGCCUGCCCGUCUAACCCCUGGGCCUGCUGGUCGCGCCGCAGCGGCCGACGUGGUGCUGGCCGCGGCGACGUUCGUCCGCGAGGGCACCACCACGGAGUUCGCAACGGGCCGCGUGGGCCGCGGCAGGGCGCAGGUCGUGGCCACGACCAGCUCGCGGGUGUCCUUCGACCGGCCCACCAAGCCACUGAUGCUCGUCUUCCCCACGACGGUGCUGCCCCCGCCCCCGCAACUGCAGCUGGCCUCCAAGGCGCCGCCUUCGGUGGUGGCAGCCACACCCAUCCUGGGGCCCUACGAGCCGCCCCCGGACCCUCGCCGGGUCUCCACUGUCGGCGUCCUGGACAGGUACCGCCUCUCCAGUGAGGCCGUCAAAGACCGUGGCGGUGCGGACUUCUUGCUUCUAGACAGCGACGACGACCGCCCGGCGGCCGACUUUGGCGGAGCCCAGCUGUCAGAGAAUCUCAUCAACCGGUCGACAGAGCGCCUGCGGGUGAAGGACGUAGAUGCCGGUGACCCGUUCCGCAAGAGGGACACCGACCGGCAGCAGCCUGACGGUCAGCAGCUGGAGGGUCAUCAGACGGAGGGUCAGCAGAGGGACGAGACCGCCACGACAAUCCGUCCCGACAAGGUCGUCACCGUCCGGCCCAUCAACGACCUGCCGACCUUCACCGUACGGCACGACUUCUCCCCCAGUGGCUUUUCCCAGUCGGGCGACGAGGGUGACGACCUAGGCAGUCCAGAUUAUGGCGAUGCUCCUCCUCCCCAGCAGCCCAAGAAGGACUACCUCUCCAGCUUCAGAUCCGGGAAGGCCAUCUUCAGGGGCGGCAGACCCGACCCGCCGCGCCUCAGCAAGCUGCGCGAGACGGUCACCUACACUGGAUUCGCUGACUUCACCACCACCAUUGGUGACACUGUCGUUGUGUUCACGCCCAGCACUGCCAAGAAGCAGCCACCAGCACAGCCGACACGGGCAGUGACCAGUGCUGCAGGCGACGCUACAGUUUUCCAACCGGGCGUCGUCACGAAAGUAAAAACGUUCUUGUCGCAUACACCCGGAAUGGUGACUCGCACUGUUACCGGCCACUCCAUCACGACACACACGACACUGCCCACUAUGGUGGUGCUGCCGGAGACGUUUGCCAGCAGGCGUCAGAAAGCGCAGCAUCAAGACGUCGCAUCGUCAGUGUAUGUAGUCGAAGCUGCCCCACCAGAACCGCCAACCACACCGCCACCUCCGACCACAAACCCUCCACCUACAGUGCCCAAGGAAACUGACCCGCCACCGAGGGAAACGACACCCCCACCGCCAACUCAGGAAACGACACCAGAUGAGGGUGCCAAAUUGGAGGUGCUUUCCCGUGAACAGGACAUAUUUGACUCUCCACCGACCUCCACUUACCCGGAUGAUGACGUGGCCGUGCAAGUGCCCGUAACGAGUGUCGUGAUCGACUAUGAAGACUAUGACCAGUCGUCUUCUGCUGCACCAGAAGUGAUACAACCAUCUUUGACAGAGAUCCAGGUGGCGACAGUAACGUCAGUUGUUGACGGGACCAUCGAACCGUCAUCUGUGCUAGAUGAUGGAACUGACGACUUGAUAGAACCGUCGCCUGUCGUCGUCGAAACACCAGAACUCCAGCUGCAUGCAACGGAAGUGAUCACAGAAGCACCAAUACCGGAAAGCAACGAGGAGGAACAGGAAGGAGAACAAGAAGUGCACUCUACAGUAGAAUUAGAGGUCACAUCCACAGCACCACUAACAUCUUAUCGCACGGCGAUGACACAGUUAUUUGAUCACGGUGACGAGGAAUACCCACUUGGUCUAAUAAAAGCUAUUGCAGGCACUGAAGUCAUUAAUGACACAACUACCCUCUUCACCUCUCUCAUUCACGGUAGCUCCGUCGAUGGUCACUAUGCACAAAUUAUCUAUUCGGCCUCGAGUAUAUUUUAUUAUGAAGGAGACACAAAAGUUAUCGUGCCAACAGAGAGUGCAAUAGCGCCGACGUCCACAGUUGACCUGGAGACUACUCACACAGCAGCCUCCCAGCCACCGUCUUCGGAGGGAUCUCAGGAACAGGAGGGCGAGGAAGAGGUCACUACAUCGCCUGCGACAAUCCCUGCAGAGCAGCCAGGCCUCACUACUGACACAGACGGUGUGACAACUAUCGAAGAUGGCGACGGCACACUCAGUACCCUACCACAAGAAUCCACCACUUUGCCAGAGGGAGACUUGUCGAAUGAGGUCGAGACUGGUCGUAAGACAAGUGGCGGUGUUGAGGACCAGAAUAUCGUUGAAGGCAGUGCUGGAAAGGAAACUCCUGGAACUACUGUCGCACAAGUGACCACACCGAAAACAGACGUCGAACCAUCACCGACAGAACCCAGUCCCGCUAAGGAUGCCGGUGUCGCACAAGAUGAAGAUACAUCUGCCAGUCAGUUGCAGGAUGGAGUGACACCUACAUUGAUUACACAGAUUGUUGCCAGUACAAUCUAUGAGACAUUCACGCAUCUGACUGCCUUCUUCAUUCCUGUCGACGGUGGCACUUCGACAUCGAUCAAAACAAGAGAAGUGGUGACAUCACAGGUCAUACUAGCCACGCAAGUAGUGCCAGUCGCUGUAGCAAAUAUUCAGUCCACUGCCCUUCCAGAAGCUCCUGCUGCCGUCACCACUCCACCAGAGACAGUACACCAGCAACCGACACCACCGCCACCGCAGGUCUCGGUAACGCCCGAAAUCACAGAUGGAAGCGACAAAGAGCAGGAAACCCACGCUGCGACUGAACCGUCAACUGCUGCAACGCCAGAAAAUCCGCCAGCCGUCGUUCUACAACCGACCACAGUUGCUUCGCCACCGGCAGGCGAAGACGAAGGAGAGGAGGAGGGUGAACUGGAGCUGCUUGUCAAGUCUGUAUUUACUACCUACACAUACCUGACGACCUAUUUCCAGGACAGCACGACCACCGUUGCGAGCAACAUUGAAGUGGUGACUAAUGUCGUCACGGAAACGGUGGACAAGGACUACUUCCGCCGUGUGACAGAUCCUGCUGUUGCUGGGCUUUUAGCACGUACUGAUAACAUUGUAGAGCCGACGCCAGAGGUGGCACCCACCAGCGUUGGCAUCGGACGUCCGACCACCAAGUUCUUCCCAGAUGAGGAACUCUUCUCAGCUGUUGUGGACUCGGUAGAUAUCGAGCGCGAGAUGGCCACGGAAGCGACGCCUGCCCUGGACCAGGAUGUCAUUAAGACCUUCUACACGACGUACACAUACUUCACCACCAUCUUCGUAGAUGGUGAAACGACAGUGAGCAGCCGGACAGAGGUCUACACCAAUAUCGUAACACCGACAGCACUCUUGGAAGCAACGCCAACUCUAAGUGCUGCCCAAGACAUUCGCCCAACCAGUCAGUUGACGCAGGUGGAGGAAGACGACUUGGACAAUCCUCUGAAGAACCAGCCACUUCUAAAGAACGCUCCCCGUCGUCAGUACCUCUACAGCAGCACCAUAACGCGUGAGCACAGCCAGCCGCGGUCGUCGCUGAAUGAAGUUGACAGUGAGGGCACCACAGCUACACUGGCAAAUGACUUCUUCGAUGACAUUGAGAACAGCAUUAUAGUGCCUGCCAAGAGCAAGCUGGGAGUUGCUGUUGGAACUAAGAACGUGUAUGCCACCAUCACGAGACCACCUGCAAUACUGGCCACUUCAGAGCCAGAGCUCACAUCAUCCGUGGUGGAGACAAUGAUCAGCAGCUCCAGUGGAGAGCGCACAAUCAUUGCUCCUCCAGAACGCCACAAUGCUUUGCCUUUCCUGCCAGCACUUGACGACCAGGUCAGUUCAGAGAGCAAUACCGAAUCUUUAGAGCCAUCUCCAACGCUGCUCCUCCAGACUAGCUAUACAACAUAUACCUACUUCACAACCAUAUACAAGGGAACUUCCACGGAUGUGAAGAGCCGUUUGGAGACGGUCACAAAUGUCGUCACUGAGACUCUGACGCCGCAAAGGACUGCUCUGCUCACUGACGAACUUGUCCCCACUGAGGAUGAUCCUUCCUUGCCUACGACCUACUUCACCACAUUCACCUAUUGGACGACACUUUUCAAAGAUGGCACAUCCACAGUGACCAGUCGCGAGGAGACUGUAUCUGAGGUAGUAACGCCAACAGUGUCGUCCUCUACACAGACCAAAGCUGAGAUCGUCCCCACUACUACACCAAAGGAUAUCGAUCCUUUAGCUACACCAGUUGUCGCCGUUAUUAAUCCUAGUGAGGUCAUCUAUGAGCCUACUACCUACUUCACCACUUUCACGUUCCUGACGACAUCGUAUAUUGGCAACAGCACUAUUGUCAAUAGCAGGCUGCAGACUGUAACAGAGGUUGUGAACGGUACGGUAGCUGCAGAUGAAGCAGCAGCUGUAUUGGCGGGGAGGGCUGUGGCGACGUCGGCCAAAGCACAAGAACUGGGGGAAGGUGUGCCAACAGUCAAACCAGUGGUAUCGGCAUCAGUUGUGGACACUACUCCAACACCAGCAGCAAAGGAAGCUACAUCAGCCUCAACAAAAGUGGAGCUGCCAACGGGAUUCCUUUCCACUGUUGUCAGUAGCAUAGUUGAUGAGGCCGGAACCACCACACUCUUCUCGACUGAUGUCUCCGGAACCUACAUUGAUGGCCUGUAUGCCCAGAUACUAGAGAGGAAAACCCGUAUCAUACCACCUGCUCCAGUUUCAGUACCAGUGGAGCCUACUCCAACACCAAAACUGCCAGUGGGGGUGGUUUCCCUCAACAAGGGCCGAAUUGUCGAUGCUGAUGGCGUCAGCACUACGUUCUUCACCACAGAAGCCAUUGGCACGUACAUCAAUGGGCAGUACUCACAGAUAGUGGAGAGCACAUCCUCCAUAAAGGUGAAUGAAGAACGUCAAAGUGCUCUACAUCUGGCUCUAGCGCCUUCUCCAACAGUGGAGAUUGCUGGCAAGACAUACAGGACAGGGCUGGUGCGACUGAUUGAUGGCACGAUGGCCAAAGAUGGUACGACAACAUUCUAUGAAUCCAAAGUCUCAGGUACAUUGGUGGGUGGAAGGUAUGCGCAAGUAAUUGAAAGCACAUCGUCUUUCAAAGUGGAUGUUCCAAGCACAACAGCACCACCUGUAGCUGUAGUUGCUCCGACAGCAGUGAGUGGCGUCCCUGUGGUGGCUCCAACCGCAGCAGUUGUGACAACUACAGCGCCAACACCAGCUGUGGUCGAGAGCUCUCUGGGCAGUGAUGAAACCUCAACGUCGACGACACCACAGACGUCUUCAGAGCAGCAGGAUGACGAUAGCAGUGAGAAUGAGUCAGACAACGACGGCGCCAAGUUCUUACUUGGUAAAGGGUCAGGUUCAGGACGGAACAGGACACGCCUAACAUACCAGUCUAAGAAGAAUACUUUCACACCAUCAAUUCGCCCUUUUGGCACGCAAGGGGCUACGCGACCACCAUAUAGGCCUCAGAACAAGCGACCAGCCACAGUGACACGGACUGUUGUAACUCCAACCAUCACAGCAACGCCUGCUGCCGUGGGUAAGGCUGCCGCCACUGGAAGGUUCUCUGGAAGCCGAAGAGGAGGCUUAGCAUCGUCGUCGGCCGCUAACGAGAUUCGCCCAUCUGCCAGCAGUGGACGCCGUUUCUCUAGACCAAGAGGCUCAUCUCCUGUGCCCGGAGGGCAAUCUUCUGCAUUCCCCACCGGAGGCAGAGGACGGAGCUCGACGCGAGCUGGGGCCAUCAGCCCAACAGCAGUUGGAGGCCCUCAAGGAUCCAGUCGCAGAGGAUUGUACUUCAGAGGCUCAAGUGCUGCACCUGGACGCUCAUCUUCAGCAGGGUACUUCGGAAGCUCCUCGAGGUACAGGGGCCGCGUCAAUCCGACCUCGACAAUCUCUCGCAGUGGUGCGACAGCCAACUAUUUCCCAGCAACGACACCUACCGACGAGACUCUAGAGACUGACGACUUUAUCACCACACUCGUCACUGAGGAGACACCACAGUUUACAGACAACGACGGCCAGUACGAGACGCAACCACUUCCUUCAACGACAGAGUCUGCGCGCCGGAACCCGCUACUGAAUCGCCUGAGGCGCCCUCCGCUGGUGAGGGCGAGCACCACCACAACACCCAGAUCGCAGACAUCACUGACAACUCCUUCCAGAGGAAGUUCGACUACACGUAGGACGUCAAAUAGACCAGUAGGCUCCGCAGCAUCCACUACCACCAGUAGGCCGAGGGCACGGUUACCUCUGAGAUACCAGCCAGCUGUCAACAGACCGCGCCCAGGAAACAGUUUGUUCCCUCCACGCAGCCUGUUCAAGCGUCCAGGUCAGGAAGAGGAGCCCCAGCAGCAAGAAGAGCAGAACAACGAGGAUGAGGCGCAAGACGAGCCACAGGAUGAAGAAGACAUCCAAGAGGAGGAUGUAGAGGAUGAAGACGAGCUGAGAGACAAUGAUUAUGAAGGAAGCGAGCAUAAGGAGUCGAAAAAGGCAGCACCACCACGCAGCAAAGGAGUCCCAUACAAACCAGUGCAGAUCAGACCGUUCAGCUUCAGGAGACGUACGAAGCGCCAGGUGGACAAGCCGAGUGGAGCGACACGGACGUAUUCGUCGAGGUUCAGAAGGCCUGGUGCCAGGGUGGCACAGCCACAAGCACCACCCGAAGAACCGGCAACUCCGGAGCCACCUCCACCGCCACCCCCACCACAGCAGAAGAGCAAAACCGGCGGCCGGUACUCGGGCCGAGGACGGACACAGAACCAGCAGCAACAGCAACCGACGCCACAGGGGCGGAUCAAGCCUUCGCCGUCAUCUGCCACCUCGGGUAGAGCGCAAUUUACCUUGAGGGAGAAGGACACAAGUAGUGGUACCUCUCGUUAUCGGCGGCCACAGAACACAGAGACAGCCACCGCGACGAGUGACAGACGGACCAACAAGAGUGGCAGGAGGAGAGGAGGCAACAGCAGGAGUGACGAGACGACUUCGUCCGUCCCUUCGAGGCCGAAACCGCCGAGGCUGCGUACCACCAGCAACUCCAACAGCAAACAGACAGACACUAGCUUCUCGUCUCAACGUGCCACCCGCCGGAACAACGGCAACACGAACACGAGCCCGAGGCGCAACAGUGGCAGCAGUAGGACGCGGUUCAGCAAGGAGCCUGAGCUGGACAAGUUCACAUUCUCACUGCCGACCUUCGAUGGCACCAUCACAGUGACUCAUCACAUACCAGAGGAAGCCACCAUACCUGUGAUUAACGGUAAGAAUACUGAAUACCGAAAUGUGCUGACAGCGCGACACAGCACUGAGGUGCUAUCGCCAAACCAGUAUGUCACGUCCACAGUCAAAGACGGUGGCACAAUCUUGUUCUUGACGAGUGAAGUAACGGCAGCAGUGGCCGGAGGAGCUACGGAGAUAACACAGUUCUACUUGCGUGAGACGCCAACGACGAGCGUGAUAUUUACGCCUACCACAAUCCGUGGCCGCCUCACAUCUUACUCGCACAUCAUUCCGAGCACAGUGUACGACGUCGAGUCGACAGUAAGCACCAUACAGCCUGCCAUAGCCGCCAAUGCACCGUUGGCCAAUCUGUUACUCUCACAACUUCUGCUCGGUAAUCUCGGAGGUGGUCUUCCGGGAGGCCUCAACCCUCUUCUGGCCCUGCAGAACCAACCACCUGCACCACCACCCACUCCUACAACAGAAUUUAAGACGCGCACCAGCACGUACGUCACCACUCUCACCACUGGAAAAUCGACAGUCCUGCCAAUAACUCUGCGAGGCAAGAAAAUUUACACGACUAUUGUGGACCAGUCAGAAGAAGUCAUCACGGCCACUGAAUUCUUUACUGACACGGUGGUGGUGACACCGACCCCCACUGCUGUCAACAACCAACUGAACUCACUCCUCCUCCCAGCAUUGCUGCAGGCUCAACUUUUAGGGCCCACAGGACCCAUGCAGAGUCCUCCUCAGCCAAACAUACUGGCGUCUCUGGGACAACCAGACUUCCUGCCCACUGGAAAAGGACUCCUCUUCCAAGAGCCAGACAAUGCUGAAGUGCCACUCGAGCAGGUGCAGCCUUCUGAGCAACGAGGUAGGAAUUCGAGGCGCCGACAACAGCAGCAGCAGCGACCAGACGACGCUGAUCGUCUAGCACGAGAAUCAGAGGCAGACGAGACAGUACCAGAUGAUGAUGAUGUCCAACAGCAGGGGUCCCAGGGCCGCGACGACGAGGUAGUCCGCACUUGGAAACCUCCAAGGAAGAAAACGCGGAACGGAAACAAUAACAGACCUCCAGACCCAGCGCCUCCAGUGGAGACGAGCGUUGUAACACUGUACGUCUCUGGACGACGACCAGGCGAGUUUAGCACAGUGGUAUCUACAGUAACUGGAGACAGCAGCAUCAGGAAGCGUGAGAUCCGCUUUGUACCAAAGUUGGAGCCAUCGAGGCUGCCACAGAUUGGCAGCUCUUUCGGUAAUGACGACGAAGAGCAAGAUGUCCCAACGCACAAGCUAAACUAUUUGGACAACUAUGUCAUGUCGGCGAUGGGAGAUGUUGGUGUACUGGAAAGCAGCGAGGUGGAGACUCAGAGCUUAGAGAGCAUAGUAGGUGACGUUAGCAAAUACGUUUCUAGUGGGCUUACCACAACGAUAUCGAGGAGAUCUGGACACACUACGAGACCUCUAAUGAAUACUAGAAAAGCAGCAGUCGAGGAGUCGUCUUCCUCUGUGAACAACAACAACGCUACCGGUCAUUUUUUAUCCGAAGGCCCCGCUGAGUCUGCCCCACUCAAGCGGAAGGUCGUAGGUGAUUACAUCAGGGGCAAAGACAACAAUGGUGAUGACGAAAGCGAAAUCAUUUCAGAAACUGAAACUGCCGCAAAUGACACUGUAGCAAUGUUUCUACCAUCAGCAUCUCAGUCUGGUCAAAUUCUCUCACGGCACAAGAGGAGUCCGGAUGUGUCUGACGAUGCACAGGACGAGCCGACGACGAGAAGGCCGGGCCACCGAGGUAGGACCAGAGUAGUGCGUCUGCGCCGGCCUCUUAACAGACCGUCAGCUAACGACGAUCUCCAGAACGUCACUCGUAAGAGAGGAGAGGUCCUACACUUGUCAGAAGCACAGCAGACUGACCACGUGACUGAGAUGAACCUCGCGACACCAGCCGUCAAGCACAAGCACAAGUACAUAAACCUAGGUGAUUACGGCUUGCGGACGAUUAAGAUAAUACGGAAACCUUCGAAUGACAGUGGCACGGAACCGCAGAGGAAGCGAGUUAUUGUGGCCAGGAGAAAGAAACCUGGACGCUCAUUUGAAGACGACGACGAUCCUCCAGUGCAGGUGAGACCAGCCUUAGUAAAAUCUCGUUACGUGGAAGCACUGAGACAUCUGUCUGAAGAUGAUGAUGAGGAGGAGGAGGAGGAGGAGGUCUCUACACCAGUAGCUCCAAUCUUGGAAGCGACCACCAGCCGUGACAUAAAGCCGACUAAAUCGUCAGCCAGACGGAGGAUCAUAGUGACGAAAAAGCGUCCAGUGUCCACACGUCAGAAGACAGACUCUCCAGUUACCACCACUGCAGCUGAGUUCGAACGCUCAAAAUCUGCAGUCACUCCAGCGGCAGUACCGACACUUAUGUCAAGCCAGAGGAGGAGGAUUGUUGUCACUCGGAGGAGACCAGUGCUUCACAAGGACACUGAGAUCCCAGUCAGGCCGACUAGUAUUGUGAUUUCGACUCAGGGCACCAAAGCUGUCACGUAUUCGACGCUAGCAAGGGAAAAUAAAGUAACGUCUAGCGAAAACGGCGUUUCUACGAGCAGUUACUCAUCAUCAGACAUUGAAGAAGAUGACGAUUCAGAAGAAGAGAGAGAUGACGAGGAGGAGGAGGACGACCAGGACGAAGAAGAGGAGGAGGACUACGACGAAGUGAUUCAGUCAUCCAGAGAGAGGCAACCAUCCAAAGGAAGCAAUGGAAGAGACGUAUCUACGACGCCUAAGAGUGUACCUUCACUGAAACCACAGACUGCACUAUUGCCGAGAGAUUCUUUGAAACCAUAUCAGUAUGGCAGAACUACCACUACUGGAGCAGUCAGCACGUUUGGUGAGCCAACUGACAGACCAACGAGUAUAAUCUCUGCAAAACCGCAGGCAGUGUCGCAUAUACGAGAUAUUUUCAAGUUCAGCCAGUAUGGUAGGACCACUACUGAAAACCUCAUUAACAGGGUAAGUGAGUUUACAACGAAUAUUAACAGCAUCACGUCAACAGAAGGUGAAGAGGAACCUCAGGUGAAGACGACUCUGAAUUUCAACGGACGUUUCUUACCAACACAGAGCACAAAGAGCAUUACAGGGGACAGCUCAAGGGAAUUGUUCGGCUCCAGUGACAGGCCUUCCACGGAGAGGUAUUCGACACCAGAAACCUCGUCAGAGGAGUCUCUCGAGGAGGAUGAGGCAGAAGAUCAAGAGUCUGGUCAAAAUAAAUCAGAAGAGUAUGAUGAGGAGGAACAAGAAGAUGUAUCGAAAGAAAAUGAAAGAGAGGGAGAAAGCGUACCAGUCAGUCAAGAGGAAGCCAGUUCUGAAGCACCACCCAGCCUAGAGAGUGUGGAAGAGGUGAAAGCACCAUCGAGCUCAGAGGAGAUUGUGACCAAGCCAUCAGCCAGAGGAUCGACUGUCGAGGAAAGGACGACGGCUCAGAGCCGUGACUCCCUCCUCACCACUGAAGAGUCAGUCCAUACCAUCAGUUUCGUGGCGACGUCUCCACUCUCAUCUCCAAUCGACGAGUUAGGUCUCACCACACAGGAUAACGAGAUCGAUACAGGUUCACCCGUCAAGGAUCCAGAUGUCCGUGCCCAUCAAGUCGAGUCUAAUGGGUUGACUCCCUCUGAUGUUAGGGAGGACAUUUUAGGAGUUACAUCAACUGCUCCCCAGACCAGCUCCACAGCAGAGGCCUCGUCUGAGAAACCUCCAGAUCUUGUAGAGGCUAGCACAGAAACUUCGAGUCUACGUCCUGCCGAAGGCAGUCAGAAUAUAUCGUCAGAGGAAGAUACAGCUGCAACGACGUCGACGACGACGACGACAACCACAACGCCGCUGCCUGACGACGUCCUGGUCAGCCCCGACGGUGAAAGUGAUGGUAACGGUACCAUCACAACAAUAGAGACGCCAACCACCACGGAGAGCAGUACUUUUGACGGACCGCGCUUCAUACGUCCGACGCGUUUCAGCAUCACGCGGCGCCCAACUAAGACGCGUCUCGGCUUUCCUGGUCAACGUCGCCGGACUUCGACCACUGCUAAAGGUGUGGCGCCGACCGCCACCAAGAGCAGGUCCCAGGAGGGAGCCACUGCACGAACGACCAGACCACCUUCCACAGGCUACCGUUACAGAAAGACAUCACCCACCAAGAGUUCUUUCGGCCGAGCUGCAACUACUAGAGCUAGACCGAGGUUUGGCGUCACUUCUGUUGUCCCAACUAGCACUGCCGAUCUGGAAUUGGAACCUACCAUCCUGGCCGAAGUACUGCAGGGCUCGAGCGAAGUGUCGGAUGGAGACGGAGCUGUGGUUCCGACUGCAGUGACCGAAGUGGGUCCGACAGUUGUCAGCGGGGACCUGGUACGAGAGACCACGGCAGAUGUGCGACCGGAGAUUUCGUCCCAGUUGGACGGGGUGGUCGUACCUACCGAGGUGCUGCUGCAGGGAGAGGAGAUUGCGAAAGAAACACCGGCAACAGUCAGCGCUACUGGGGCUGACCAGUUGAACAGUGCUGUGCUGGUGACCUAUGACGGAGGGGCGGAGAUCUUGACGAAGCUGGGUGUCGAAGCCUCUGCUACAGUGGACCACGGUGAUGCCCACGUGGUGACCGCUACGCCGCUCCUGCCGGUGCAGCCCAUCACCACCGUGGUGACUAGCACGCGGCUCCGCACGUACACGUUCAUCGUGACGCGGGUCGCCGGUACAGAGCAGGUGGUCACCUCCACCACUGAGGUAAAGCCUCACGUCACCACCGUCACCAUUACACUGCCUCCUGCUGCAGCAACUGAGCUGGCCCCAACGCCGACGCCGCCGCUGCCGCCGCCCACCGCCGCCCCCGCCGCCCCCGGCGAGGAGGGACGUGCCAUGGUGGCUGCAGUGGCCGUGGACGAGGGCCGGCGCAUCAACGUGGCGACGCGCGUCAUGAGCAACGGCGUCGAGGUGAUCGUGGCCGGCUCCAAGCAGCCGCCGGGCGCCGCCCCCGCGGAACCACUUUCACCACAUGAAACAAAGACAAAUUCGUACAACAGUUUUGAACAAGAGGACGACGGCGAGGAAGACGAGGCCGGUCAGCAGGUGGAGCCGACGCUGCCUCCGACGGGCGGCGGGGGCGUGUUCGUCACCAAGACCUACCUGACGACGUACACCUACCUGACGACGCUGCUCGGCGAGGGCGGCUCCACCGUCGUGACGAGCAGCGAGCGCGUCGUCAGCAACGUGGCCACCGAGUACGCGCCGGAGCCGCCGCUGCCGGGACUCGAACCGGGCCACGGCAUCACGCUGCACGGCGUCCAGGACGCGCCGCUCUCCACGGGCCUGCUCUACACCACGUACAGCUACCACCUGCAGGGAGGCGAGGGCAGCUCCUGGAGCUCAGACCGGACGGUGACCAACACACUGACUGCCGCCACUGAGGCGUUCGCGCCACAGCCGGCCACCACCAGCACCUACGUCACCACACUCACCCAGCCCACCACGCUACCAGGGGGACAGGUGCUGUCGGCCGGAGACCUGCUGACACGCGUAGUGGUCUCGGAGACGGGUGGACCGCCGGGUGUGCCCGCACCGUCACUGCCGACCCAGCCUUCGACGACGGACGUGGUGAAGACGUACCUGGCCACAUAUUUGUACGUGCAAACUGUGGCCGACGAGCGCGGCAGCCCCUCGUUGACGACACAGGUCGUCACCUCCACCGAGGUGGUGACCGACCGCUUCUAUCUGCCUGCCACCAAGAGACCGCAGCUGCCUGCCACCAUGACCACCACUGCGACCGAGCAGACAGAGACAUCGACGGCCGUUCCGACACCAGCUACGGUGGAUGAGGCAUCUGUCACGGCAACAGUGAAGCCCGAUCCGGUGGACGUCCCACUGCCGUUCCUGGUGUUCGCCACCAAGACCUACCUGACCACGUUCACCUACCUGACGACACUGCUGCAGGCCGCACCGGGAGACCGCACCUCCACCGUCAUCAACUCGCACACCAAGGUGGUGCAGAACAUUGUGACGGAGACAAUUCCUCCCAGCCUGCUGGGCGCAGACCAGCUAGAGGCCUUGAGGAACUCCCUCCGGGCGACGGCGACAGUGGCUCCGGAGGCCGACGGUUCCGGCGUGGUCGCCACGGCGACCCUGCCUGGAGGUCAGCAGGUGCAGGUCAUGGCCAUGAGCCAGCAGUCACAGACACCUGCCGUGCAGCCCACGAGGACGGUCGAGCCGCAGGUCGUCGCACCCACCACAGCUCCGGACGUUGUGCAGCUGGAGCCCUCCGUAGACACACUACAGCCGGCUAAUGUCGAGAACAUUGUGACGGGGUCGACAAUCAUCUUCUUCGAUGAGGAAGAUGGCAUCGACGGUGACUCUGGGUCGACAUCGACUGCGACACCGGCACUGGACUCAUCCACAGCCGCCGCCCUCAGUGAUUCACGCACGACUGUGGUGAAUGCUGGGGCGGCCACCGUCAUCUUCCCGGACCCGGUGCCUACUGCUGCAGAGCCAGUUGACUCCCAACAGGAGAGCAGCACAGUCACCACUGGCGAUGACGACUACAACGUCGGUGAUGACGAAGACGACCAGGCACCAACGAGUGAGGCGGGAGCAGUGACCACAUCUGUGGUGACAGUCACUGCAUCACCAGUCACCACCACGAUUUCUGUGCCGGUGACCAAGAAGCCCCAGCAGCCGACCACCAUAGGGCCUGGGGGCAGCGAGAUACAGGUGAGUGACCUGUUGAGCUUGGGCUCACUGGGCAUCAAUGGGCUCAACGCUUUGGGUCCGGUGUUCAACGCGAUGGCUGGUCUCAUCCAAGGCAAUCUGCAGCAGCAACCGGAUGCAGCCAAGAGGCGCAAUGACUCUGCCAUCACCAACAACAGAGCCCCAGACCUAGCGCCAAGUGACCGUGAGGAUUACCCGCACCCCGUGUACCGGCCACAGGCAGACACAGAGCCACCGUCGAGGUCACCCAUCUACAUCCCUGUGGGCGGACUUGCCGCCGCCGACCACGACAUCGAAGCUGCGGAGAGUCAGAACUACGAGGCACGUGUCAAGGUCAACGCCCUGCCAGGGUCCGGCAAGUGGGGAAAUGCUGCCGAGCCAGUGGGCGCCGUCGUGAUCGGCCGGCCCACUCUGGAGAAGCCGCUGGGAGACGGCAUCCCCAUCAGCCCGGGUGAGGUCAUUACCGCCAACAGUGAUGUCAUCGUGGGCAAGCCUGCCGUCAUGGGACCGCGUCCGCCCAAGAUCGCAGCCGCCGGGCACGACCACGACCUCGACCACGAAGUCGACUCCGACCUCGACGCUGUCCCUGUGGGCAUGAGGCCGCCACCACCUCAUCAGAAGCCGUGGCUGCACCACCACAACCACCACCAACAACCACCCAGGAGGGACGAGUUCCUGGGACCGCCACCGCCACCGCCCCCGUCACCUCAAGGCAACCAGGUGGGAGGAGAGAUCCAGGCCCGGCCUCCGGGCUCCGCCAACCACUACCGGAUCCACCACGACAGGCCGCAUCCCAGCCUCAACUACAACCACCACAACAACCUCAACAUUAACUUCAACAAUAACCAGAAGCCUCCGGCACUAAAGUUGCGACCACAUGUCGUAGAAGGCCUGCCCUACAAGCUGGAGUCCGUAGUGACGGGCUCACAGGCUGUGCUGGUGGCAGAGGGUGGUGCCGGUGAGGUGGUUCAUGGCUCUCCAGUGCCCCACCGCCACGCACUGGUGCCGGCUGAGGCCGCCUCACUGCUGGUGGACAUCCGGCCCUCGCAGGUGGCAAACGUGCUCAUCCCCAGGGGCAGCCACACCGCACACGUCUUCAGCGCACCCGCGCCCUCGCCGCUCGUCGCCGACGACGUCUUCCGGGACAACUCGCCCUUCCCAGUCCCGGAGGUAUCUGCGGACUUUGUGGGACUGGACUCGGCACCGCAGCUGGAGCACGGGGUGGGCACCGUCAUUGCGGUCCAUCCCGGGGACUCCCCUGCAGAGACAGGCGGCAUUGUGGCUGGAUCGCCAGGCAGCGACAUCAACGUCGACAUUGCUCCAGGACAGGGCAUCAGCGUGGACGUGGGCCCCGGUGGGUCGACGGUGCACACCAGGCCGGACUCUGCCCCCGGGGGUGGUAAGGAGACACACCGCAUCCAGCCGAGUGGAGUUGUGCUGGACGCCCCCAGGCCACAGCCGCACCACCACGCUCACCCGGAGUCUCCUCUCAUCCACCCGCCACCGCCACCCCCGCCCCCACCGCCUGCACCGUCGUCGCAGCCGUCUCCCGUCAGGAGGCCACCCGUCACGCUGUACCGUCCCUCCACUGGGACGGGCGGCUCUGUGGCAGGAGGCAGGCCACACCAGUACAGGUUUCCAGCACCGGUACAUCCACUGCGGCCAUCAGACUUCAUGACACCACCCCCACCACCUCCACAGCUGCCAUCACGACCACCGGCGCCGCCUCCGACUCCUGGAGGCGUGCACCACGUGCACCAGCACCACCACCAUCACCACCAGCAAGGCGGGCCACUAGUCAUUCCACUCAGGCCCGAGGCUGGACUGCCCCCACCUCCCGGGCACGACCAUUUCCUCCACGAACACGAUCACGAGCACGACCUCCAUAUCCACGGCAACGAUCACGAACUUCACGUUCACGGCCUCGAGCCGGAGCACGACCACACGACGAGGCUGCAACCGGUGAGAACUGGUGGCAGUGGCAUCGUCGUCCGACCCGGCCCCGGGCCCGUCGACGUGUUUGUCAAGCCUGACGGUGAGCUCGUAGCAGCCAAGGACGACCUAGGUGUUGCCGGUUCCUCCAGACCGCUGCCACGGCCACCGGCACUUUCACCGAAGCCCUCGAGAAGGCCGCCGACGACCAACCUUUUUGCCAUCUGGCCGGGCAACAGGUACAACAGCAGCAGACCACAGCAGGGAACCUGGCCUCUGCCCCCACAGCAGGGAGCCAGGCCUCCACCCCCACAGCAGGGAGCAUGGCCUCCACCCCCACAGCAGGGAGCCAGGCCUCCACCCCCACAGCAGGGAGCCAGGCCUCCACCCCCACAGCAGGGAGCAUGGCCUCCACCCCCACAGCAGGGAGCCAGGCCUCCGCCCCCACAACAGGGAUCCAGGCCUCCGCCCUCACAGCAGGGAGCCAGGCCUCCGCCCCCACAGCAGGGAGCCAGGCCUCCGCCCCCACAGCUGGGGGCCAGGCCUCGACCCGGAGACGGUCUGCCUCAGCAGCCACCGCUGCAGCACGGCUUCCACGAGGUGCACCUGGUGUCCGGCAUCAAAGACACACCAACAGUUCCAGGUUUCGUGAGUGGCCAUCCCAAACCACCACUGGACUUCCACGGCCAGCCCCACCAGCAGCGACCACCGUCCGUGACGGACGCUGACAACAACAUCAUUGUCGGACACGUGCCACACUUCAACGAGCUGCACAGCCCCGUGCCUCCGGAGGACUUGCGGCCACACAUAGUCACCGUGGGUGAGCCUGCAAAUGAGGUGGACGAGCCUUCGGGAACCGUGCAUCACCGUGAGCACCAUCAUCACCACACAGCUGGUGAGGUCUCCAGCCCAGACAGUGGCCCGAAUGUCGGUGUCCGUCCAGACGGACGGCCUCCACAGGGUGGAAUACAUUUCCCCGGUGCUGCUGACCAGUUUGAUGUGGGAGAGGAUGCUGCACUGGACGAGAAAAGCGAUCCAGACAGCACUGGAGCAGCGUCUGGCACCGAUGGGAGCCCAGAUCCACCAGUAGACGGCUCAGAUGGAGACGAGGGUGAACCGGAGGGCAAUCUGCACGGUGGAACACAGACUGAACGGCCGCUGGUGACAGUGUCACCAGAUAACGGACCCGGUUACCAUCACGAUAGCCACACUGGCAGUGCGACACUAGAAUCGGACCACCAGGAUGAGAAACCGUCUCGAAAUGAGAUACCUGUACUGGGAGUCGGGGAAGAGAGGCCUUCACAUCCACACGUAGGAAGCUCUGGCUGGCAGAUCAUCGGUUCCCAGGAAGAUAAUCCCAAUGUUCACCACGGCAUUGGCAGUGACGGUCCAGAUGGUGAGGUUGUGGUGCCCGGUGUCAGACCACCUUACCAGGCAGCCGGAUAUCGCCCUCCAGGGUGGCACACCGGAGGAUCGGGCCACCUGGUAGUAUCUGCCGGCGACGAGAGUGGUCCAGGCCGGGACCACCCGUCUGGAGACGAGUCGGACGUCCACUACGGGCGGCCUCACAUCUCCGCCGGCGGGACACUGGAGGGUGCGAGGCCCCACUGGCCCGGUGACGCCCUGAGGCCACCGGCCGAGACUGCCGUCGUCGGCAACCGGCGGCCGCCGGGCUUCGAGGGCACCGGAGAGGGAGACUUCGGACAGGAGGUGCCUCCGUUCAAGGCCAUGGGUGAUGAUGUGUCUGCCGUGGUGGACUCGGUACUGAGGCCGCCGUCGCUGAACCUGCCGCCGGCGACUGCAGUCCGCCCCACGCAGCCGCCACCUCCUCUGCCCCCACCACCCCCGAGGGUGACGGUGCUCACAGACCACCAGCACAACAACAAACCCCACCGGCCACCUGUCAUCGUUCUGGGCCGACCGGCCGAGUUCCCGGGCGAUGUCGUCACCCGUCGGCCGACACAGAGGCCGGGAGCAACAGAGGAGGGCAGACCCAGACCCAGUCUGCUGGGAGAUGGGCAGCUGCCGGUGGACAUGAUGGAGGUGGACAAGCCACCCCCGCCACCUCACCCAGCCGGCUCGGACCUGGAGGCAGCAGCGAGCACCGCGCGGCCCUUCAAGCUGAGACCAGCGGACGACUCGGUGGUGGGGCUGGCUCCGCCCCCACCCAGGGUGACCGUGGUGGGUGCUGGGGGCAGACCGCCCCCACAAGAAGGGGAUUCCACACACCGACCAGUCCUCAUCGGAGGUGGCAGGAAGCCAUCUCCACAGACACUGCCACCCCCACCGUCCGAGUUCGAGCGUCCACCACCACCGGCACCGACCACCCCCAGGCGCCCACCCUUCGUGGUGACACCUCCCACCCCUGCAUACAGCCCCGCCCCCACAACCAAACCAAAGCCUUCAAGUACCUCCUCCAGUGAUGAUGCUGACGACAAACUGGAAGAUGAGGAUCAGGAGCUGGCAGAGACAUCCUCUGGAAAUAAACCACCUCCACCUCCACUAUCACCGCUCUCACCCUCAGUGACGUUGGGAGGUACUCCAGAGGUGGUGGAUGUGACGUACAGGCCACCCGUCUACACCACACAGCGACCGAGGCCAGUCAGGCCUCUGGACACCACCAGAAGGCCGCCAGAUGGGGUCAAUCCCAGUCGUGUGGAGGCGGACAUGCUGGAGACGGUGAGCGUGGGCCGGCCAGUGUCACAGCCGCUGCCACCCCUGCCGCCCCCGCCUCCACCUCCUGAAGCGUCGCCACCUCCAGUGGCCCCAACUCCUGUCAGGGAACCUGUCUCCACUGAGGUGAAAACGCCUCCACCAUCCACGGCUGCAGCGACACCACCUACGACGCUGGACCGCACAUGGACGACAAUGGCGGUGGACCUGGAGGGGUCGCAGACGCACCUCCCGGACCGACGCCGGCCUGCCGCGACACCUGCUGUCACCUCCUCCUCCACAGACUCCUCUGCCACAACGAGCACCAGCAAAGUUGCAUCUGUGGUGGUGACAUCGGGCUCCAAGACGGUGUUGUUCGUCAAGCCGACAGCUGCCCGGCUGCCGACGACACCGCAGACGACUAAAGCAACUCCGACACCACGACCCGUGCUGAGACCGAGACCCAGACCCAGACCCAGACCCAACACCGGGAGUGGAGGGCUGUUCGACGACUUCGACGACAUCGCCGAUGAGGAUGACGAGGAGGAAGUGGAGACGGGCGAGACCGGUGGGUCACGUGGCAAAGUGGACCUGGGCGUGGCCAGCUCCAACCAGGAGAAGAUCGUGCUCGGCUCGUCACCCGCGUCCACCCUCUUUGUCACCCACACGCACACACUCACGGUGACAACUACGGAGACACAGGUGGUGAGCACGGCAGGACGGCCGCCAGUGACGCGCACCGUCGUACUCACCAAGACGCAGACGUCGACGGUCGUGGACACGGUCACCGAGACCCAGACGCUGCUCCGGCCAACCAGUGUCUUCGCCACCGUCACCACCACGGUGAGUGCUACGCAGCCCUUCCCAGUGGGAGUGUCCACCACCAGUGCCGUCUCCACGGUGACGACACCAGUGACCACUGCGGGCUCACCGCCCCCACCACCGGCGGGGGCCGGGGACAGGCCUGGGGAUCGCACAGAGGGCACGGGAGACACCUUCUUCGUGGUGGUGACCGAUCCACACCACAAGCUGCCUCCUCCCAGUGGAGCCCCGCUGCCACCUGGCAUCAUUGAGUAUGAGGUGGACAAGGAGGACGAGCAGGGCUCGCGGCAGGAUGCAGACGGUGCGAGCGGCAACGUGCUGCUGACGGCCGGUGUGGGCGGUGGCAGCACUUCGACGUCCUCGUCUUGCCGGCCCGAGUGCAGCGCGGCACGCAACGAGGUGUGCCAGAGGGCUGCGGAUGGCCGCCCACGCUGCCUCUGCCGGCCCGGGUUCGCCAGGAUCUUCCCGGACCGACCCUGCAAGCCAACAUAUACUUACACGCUGAGGCUGGUGCUGGCCCGGGCGGGUGACCGUCCACUCACUUUCUCGCCCGGCCUGGGAGACACGGGCAGCGACACCUUCGCCGAGACAUCUCGUGCCGCCGCCGAGGGUCUCGACCGGCUGGUCAUGCAGUCCGACCUGCGUGACGUCUUCCACGGUGUCUCCGUGGAGGCCUUCCUGCCACCCGACGAGAGCGCAGGUGCUGGCAUCAUCGUCACCUUCCAAGUCAGGUUGUCAGACAAUACUGACGAGGAGCGACUGAAAGAGGUGUUCCGCAAGUCGCUAAGAGCCACCAACUACAGCCUGGGAGGCACCGACGUCUAUGCUGACAAGGAGCGCAUACAGCACAUUGAGGCAGAAGAUUUCGAUGAGUGCACGAGCCGGCAGUACCAUGACUGCUCGGAGAAUGCACACUGCUUCAACCUGCGGGGCACAUACACGUGCAGCUGCCGUGAGGGCUUUGCCGACCUCUCCGAGAACCCGCUGUUCCCGGGCAGGCUCUGUUCAGCUGAGCUGAUUGGGUGCGAGCGGUGUCACUUCCACGGCACGUGCCACGCACGUGGGGACGACCAGGUGCAGUGUGAAUGCUUCCAGUGGUAUGCCGGGGACACCUGCCACAUCAACCUCAAGGCGCUGCUGAUCGCACUUGUGACGAUUGGCUGCGUGCUGGUGGCACUGCUGCUGGUGUGCAUCCUGAUGACAUGCGCGCGUGGGGCCAGUGGGGGCAGACGCGGCCGCGGGCGGGCCCGCCGCGAGGGGCCUCUGGAGCGCCGCGCCAUGAUCCACGACUCGGCCAGCGAGGCCAGUGGGGACCAGACGCUGCCCAGGAGCCAGGUGUGUAUACCGGCUGUAGAUAAACUACAGCCUCUCCUCUAA